AUGGCAUCGCAAUAUAAUUUCAAAAAAAUUAUAUCAAUUCCAACAGCUCAGGAUUUUAUUGACAUUAUUUUAUCAAAAACACAACGUAAAACUCCAACUGUUGUCCAUAAACAAUAUAAAAUCGGUCGUAUUCGACAAUUUUACUUACGAAAAGUGAAAUUUACACAACAAAGUUUUCAUGAUAAAAUAGUACUGAUAUUAACCGAUUUUCCAAAACUAGAAGAAAUUCAUCCGUUUUAUGCUGAUUUAAUGAAUGUUUUGUAUGAUAAAAAUCAUUACAAAUUAGCUUUGGGACAAUUGAGCAUUGCCAAGAACUUGAUUGAUAAUGUUGCUAAAGAUUAUGCGCGAAUGAUGAAAUUUGCUGAUUCGCUAUAUCGAUGCAAAUGUUUGAAACGUGCUGCUUUAGGAAGAAUGGCAACAAUAAUUAAACGUCAGGCACAAAGUUUGCAAUAUUUAGAACAAGUUCGUCAACAUUUAUCUCGUUUACCAUCAAUUGAUCCGAAUACGCGAACAUUGUUAAUAUGCGGUUUUCCGAACGUUGGAAAAUCAAGUUUUCUAAAUAAAAUCACACGUGCCGACGUCGAGGUCCAACCCUAUGCGUUUACCACAAAAUCCUUGUAUGUUGGUCAUAGUGAUUAUAAAUAUCUGCGCUGGCAAGUUGUUGAUACACCUGGCAUACUCGAUCACUCAUUAGUUGAAUUUUUGUUUCGUUUUCUGUGUGCAGAAGAUCGUAAUACAAUUGAAAUGCAAGCAAUAACAGCGUUAGCACAUUUACGUGCGGCCAUAUUAUAUGUUAUGGAUAUAUCGGAACAGUGUGGCUAUUCGUUAGAACAACAGCUUGAUUUGUUCAAUAACAUCAAAGCUUUAUUUACGAAUAAACCAUUAUUGAUCGUUGUUAAUAAAGUUGAUAUAAAACGUUUGGAUGAAUUAUCUGAUGAAAAAAAAGCUGUUUUUGAACAAUUUCGUAGAGAAGACGUGAAAAUUAUGGAAAUGAGUACAUUUACAGAUGAAGGUGUAUGCGAAGUCCGAAAUGAGGCAUGUGAUCGUUUACUUGCACACCGUGUUGAUAUCAAAUUGAAAAGUCGUAAAGUUGAUGAUGUACUCAAUCGUCUACACGUUGCACAACCACAAAAACGUGAUGAAACUGUUCGGCCACCACAUAUACCCGAAGGUGUGUUGAAACGUUUAGAAAGGGUGACAAUUGCAACGACAGACACCAUUCCACUCGCAGUACCAACAAUCGAUGACGAAAAUUACCGUGGUGAAAAUGAUGAAAAACCCAUUACACGAAAGAAGAAACUUGAACGUGAUCUUGAAGUAGAAUUAGAAGAUGAUUAUCAUUUGGAUCUAAGAAAAACAUGGUUAUUAGCUUGUGAUGAAGAAAAAUAUGAUGUAUUACCAGAUGUUUAUCGUGGAAAAAAUGUUGCCGAUUAUGUUGAUCCGGAUAUUAUGAAAAAAUUGGAACAGUUAGAACAAGAGGAAGAAGCACGUGACGAAGCCGGUUUCUAUGAUGAAGAAGAAAGUGAAGAAGAUGAUGAAACAACAGCCAUAAGAAAAUUAGCAAAAAAAAUUCGUUAUAGACGACACGUAAUGAUAUCUGAAAGUAGAUCGAAAAAACAAGCGAGACGUACACCAUCUGUACCACGACCAAAACUACCAAUUAAACGAGAAAGAUUAGAAAGUACAAUGAGUCAACUUGGAAUUGAUAUGGAAAAUAAAGAAGAUUCGCAUUACGUAGCUAAAGCUAGAAAAACGAGAAGUAGAUCCGAAAGUCGUCCAGCAGUAAAACGUCAACGUGUUGAUUCUGAAGGCCGUGUUCGAAGUAGUUCAAAAGUGCCACGAGAUCAAUCGGGCGUGCGUGAUGUUGCUAUGGCAAAGAAAGCAAAAUCUAUAGGCAAAAUUAAUCAACGUAAAUUUCAAUUGAGAGCUACAUCGGGUGAAUCAGAUAGACGUAUUCAUACUGAAAAACCAAAACAUUUAUGUAUGGCGAUUAUCGCUAACAGAAGAAGAAAACAAACGUUAGAACAAAUACAACAUAAUCGUAUUGUGACUAAAAUGAAACUUGAAAUAAAAAACAUAUUUGGCGUUGUUGUUGAUAUAUCUAUGUCAUGGUAUAAAGCAUUUGAACCAGAAUUUUCUAAAGACUAUUUUCUAAAGUUGGCAACAUUUAUCGCUGCCGAGCGUGCAAAACAUACAGUUUAUCCACCAGAAAAUAUGGUUUUCUCAUGGACAAGAUUUUGCCAGUUGAAUGAAGUUAAAGUUGUUAUAUUGGGUCAAGAUCCAUACCAUCAACCAAAUCAAGCGCAUGGCCUAUGUUUUAGCGUUCGCAAAGGCGUUAAGCCUCCACCUAGUUUGUUAAAUAUCUUUAAAGAAUUAAAACAAGAUGUUGAAGGUUUUGAAAUUCCAGACCAUGGAACAUUGGUUGGAUGGGCCCGUCAGGGUGUAUUAUUACUUAAUGCUUGUUUAACAGUCGAAGCAAAUAAAGCGAAUUCACAUCGAGGAAAAGGAUGGGAAACAUUUACGAAGCGUCAUUGUGUUUUGACUUGUGCUCAUCCAUCACCGUUAUCAGCGCAUAACGGAUUUUUUGGUUGUAAACAUUUUUCAAAAACAAAUGAAUAUCUUAAAUCUCACGGAAUAACACCCAUUAACUGGUCAGAUCUACCAUCAGAAGAUGAUUUACCGUUUACGUGA